GACAUGAUCCCCUUCCGAGUGUGACUCAUCCUCACUCCCUUGACUCCUCCUCUCUUUAUAUGCAUCCCUUUUUUUUUCCUCUUUACGCAAAUUCUACUCUUCAAACACAAAGUUCCUCAAACACCAUAAUAUGGGAGAGAAAAAUGAGGCCGAUUCAGGAGCAAAGCAAAACGACGCACCCGCCCCUGUCGUUUUCAAACUCGACAUGCAUUGCGAGGGAUGCGUCAAAAAGAUCAAGCGCGCCGUUCGCCAUAUCCACGUUUUCUAUUCGGUGUCGGAUGCAGGUGUGGAAGACGUGAAAGCCGAUUUGUCCGGUAACAAACUAACGGUUAUCGGAAAAAUAGACCCUGCCGAGGUGCGAGAUAAACUAGCGGAUAAAACUAAGAAGAAGGUUGAACUCGUUUCGCCUCAGCCGAAAAAAGACGACGACGCCGGUGCACCGCCGGCGAAGAAGCCGGAGGAGAAAAAACCGGAAGAUAAGAAGUCCGAAGAAAAAUCUCCGAAAGAGAGCACGGUGGUGUUGAAGAUCAGAUUGCACUGUGACGGUUGCAUUCAAAAAAUUCGAAAGAUUAUCUUGAGGAACAAAGGAGUUGAAUCAGUGAACGUUGAGGGAGAGAAGGAUUUGGUGACCGUAAAGGGGACGAUGGACGUGAAGGAAAUGGUACCGUAUUUGAACGAUAAGCUGAAGCGAAACGUUGAGGUGGUCCCAGCCAAGAAAGAGAAAGAGAAAGAGAAAGAGGAGAAGAAGAAUGAGAAGAAGGAAGGUGGUGGUGAUAAGAAAAAGGAAGAGAGUGAAGGUGCAGCGAAGGUGGAGGUUAACAAAAUGGAGCACUACGGAUACGCGUACCCUCCACCCCCUAUGUAUUGGUACGAUGGAUACGCACCUGGUGAAAGCAGCAGUAGCAGAAGCUACGCCGUAGAGGUUCAGCCAGGGUAUGAUGGUAGUAAUAAUCAUAAUUAUUACGGGAAUUACCAGCAUGGGUACACGAACCAAGGGUACAUGGCACCACCACCCCCGUUUUACUUGAACCCUCACCAUCCUCCCCCACAAAUGUUCAGCGAUGAGAAUCCCAAUGCGUGUUCGCUCAUGUGACCCAAUAUUUUAUAUUUUUUACUAAUUGUUUUCUUGUAUAGACAUGCUCGCUGUAAAUAACAAUUUUAUUAUAUAUAAAUUCUAAAUAUAUAUUUCUGUAUAA